AUGUCAAUUUCGCCGAUCCAAGGAGAUCUGGACGCGCAGAUCGAGGAGCAGUUGGAGAUUCGCGAGGAAGCGGAACAAGACGCAAAAGUGGAGAAGGAGUCGAGCACGGUGCUCAGGUUGGUGCUCGUCAUCACGGUCCCCUACCUCAUGAUCCUUCCCAUCUUCGCCAAGAAUCUCCACGACUGGUACACGAACACUCUCAUCUUCCUCUUCGGCUGCUUCACCCUCGAUUUGCUGGCGAUCGCCGUCCGCUGGUACCCGGUCCUCCGGCCGUUGUCCUCUUGCGAAGCCGCUUCUCUCACCGCCAUGCUUCUUUUCUACGCCAAAUACAUCUGUUCCAAGUAUGAAAAUUCCGUGUCAUACCUUUUAUUUGCCAUGUUUUUCCUUCUCUUAGUCCCCGCCUACUAUCGUUGUUAUCUAUUGCUGAAGUUGAAAACUACCCAUAAGAGAAUGUUUCAGGCGAUGGUUGAAGAUGAUUUUUGAGUAA